AUGCCACGUGAGCAUAGGUUUUAUUGUGAUUGUAUUGAGAAGUGGUUAGGGAUUCAUGGGUCUUGUCCUGUUUAUAGGUAUCAGAUGCCUGCUGAUGAGAAAGAUGAGGGAAAGAAAAUAGACGAAGAGGAAGAAGCAGAAGAAGGUGGAGAGAGAAGGAGGGUUGGUGGGGAAGUUUGGGUUAGUUUUUCUAUUAGUAGGAGGAAUAGGGGAAAUCAUGAUCAAAAUCAACCCACUUCUGGUGGUGAUUCAAAUGUUUCUCCAUCAAGCCCUAGUGAUGGUGAUGAGAUUGGGAAUUGA